AUGGCAGCACCGCCGCCGCCGCCUCCUCCUGCGCGAGCCGCGUUCUCGCUAUACGACAACCUCCACGACCCCAACGAUCCCACUCCGCCUGCCAUAAUCUCCGCGGCGCCCGUCCGCUAUCAGCAGCCUGAACCGGCGUCGAGUGAGCCCAAGAAGCCCAUAGAUCCGGCCCUGCUCUUUCAACCUCAGAUUCGCCGCCCCCCGCUCAAGCAGGCCAAGUCCAAAGCGACGUUUCCAAAGGCCAUUCCCAAGACCGCGUCCGCUGCCGCCCCGGUCGGCCCAAAGACAACACUCGCGGACUGGACCGCCACCGAGCACGAUGAGUGGAUGUACGGCGCGGGUGAGAGACCCCAACGCGGGGGGCGCAAGAAAAAGAGAAAGAAGCAGCAGGAAGAGUCGCUAGACAUCAACUGGGACGAGUUUUACGAUGCGGGAAGGCCGACAAACGCCGAGCAGUAUGUCAAAAGCGACGAGAAGAUCAACGAGGUGCUCGACUGGAAAGCACUGCUGUACAUGCACCGCAAACGCCGAGCUACUAGUGAUAUCUCGAGCGAUGAGGACGACAGAGGCCGCCUUCCGCAGAAUCGGUUUGCUCCUCCGUCGGCUUACGCAUUCGCGCCACCGCCCCCGUCGCCUCCCAAUCCGCCGGCAAACGACGAAACUGGCGGAGACGCCUUUGCGCGCCGAUUGGCAAUGUCUUCGACCCACCCCGGCCCGCCUGCCCCGUCCACCGCAGUCACCAUCUCGCGAGAGCCCGUCCGGUACAAGCAAGCCGACGAAGCUGGGGUCGAGGGCGAGGACAGGGCCUCCUAUUCGCCUGCUACACCGGGUGCCGGCACCGACGAUGACGGUACAGCAGGGCCCCCGCGAUCCAAGGCUCCGGGCCAGGCUGGCUUUGCUCAUCGCCUCAUGAGCAAGUACGGCUGGACCAAGGGCACGGGUCUCGGGGCGGACGAGUCCGGCAUCGUCAAUCCACUCCGCGUCAAGGUCGACAAGCGUCGAAAGAAGGCGGACGCGGAUGGCGGCGGCUGGGCUGAGCCCGGCGGCCGAGGCAAGAUUCUUGGCGGCAAGCGCAAGGGAGACGACCAGGGCAAAUUCGGCAAGAUGAGCCAGGUCAUUGUCGUCCAGAACAUGCUGGAGAACAUGGCUGACUUGCAGGAGGAGAUCUCGGAGGGCCUCGGGCAAGAGAUUGGCGAGGAGUGUGGCGAGAAGUACGGUCGCGUUGAGCGGCUCUAUAUCGACCAAGAGUCCCGCCAGGUCUUUAUCCGCUUCACAGAUCAAGUGUCUGCCCUUCGGGCCGUCAACGAGCUCGACGGGCGCGUCUUUAACGGCAACGUCAUUGCCCCGAGGUUCUACGACACCGACAAAUUCGAGCAGGGAAUCUACACGUCCACUUGA